AUGCGAUUCAACCCGUUGAUCUCAACCGCAUUCGUGGCCUCGCUUGCCAGCUUUGCCUCCGGGCUUGGGUUGCGCUCUGACUUGGCAAAGAGCUUGCAGCUGGCUGCUGAGCUGGGGUUGGAUUCGGAUCUUCUGCUGAAAGAUUCCCAGUCGUUCCGGACAGCCGUCACGCAGACCAACCCUCCAGCUGAAUAUGUUUUGGUAGACUCUCGCUUUUUGAUGACCAUGUGUACGGGAUCUAAUGCUCUGCAGCUCCCUAUUGAUCACCAUAACCCCGCUAUCGGAACCUUCCGAAAUCGCUACUGGGUGAACGAUGCGUACUAUGUGCCGGGAGGGCCAGUGGUUUUGUAUGAUGUGGGUGAGGCUGAUGGAGAGCCGAGUGUUGCUCAUCUCAGAUCGAAUUCUUCGUUCUUACCACCUAUACUCCAAGAGUUCGGCGCGAUAGGAAUUGUCUGGGAGCAUCGGUCAGUCGUCUCCACUAAAGUUGAAACGAGGAUAGAGAUUGACAGAAACAGGUAUUAUGGAGAUUCGUUACCAUAUCCUGUCAAUAACAACACCCUGCCAGAGCAUUUGAUAUAUCUCACUACGAGACAGGCACUCGCAGAUAUCCCUGCCUUCGCGGAGAAUUUCACCCGUCCAGGUCUCCAGGAAUACGACUUGACCCCGGCCUCAACUCCUUGGGUUAUGAUAGGAGGCUCGUAUCCGGGCGCACGCGCUGCAUUUGCUCGCAAUGAAUAUCCAGAUACGAUAUUUGCUUCGUUCGCUGCCUCGGCGCCGGUUCAGGCGCAGAUCAAUAUGAGCAUCUAUUAUGAGCAAGUUUAUCGAUCAAUGGUCGCGAACGGAUUCCGAAGCUGCGCUUCAAAUAUUCACGCGGCUCUUGAAUAUAUCGAUAACCAGCUCUCUCAGAACGAUACAGCGGCGUCAAUCAAACAGCUCUUCUUCGGCCCCGGCGCCGAGAAGAACUCAAAUGAGGACUUCACACACGCCCUUGCGGUGAUUUACGGCUCCUUCCAAGCUUAUGGUAUGGACGGUCCUGCUGGAUCGCUGGGCGAGUUUUGUCGUUACCUCGAGUCAGAUCCGGUGACGGGGCAGCCCGCGGAAACCGAAGGCCUGGCAUUAAGACACGGAUAUAAGCACCUAGCGGAGCGUUGGGCUGAGUGGCCGAUAUUUACACAAUUAAUCAACGUGAAUUACGAGACAAACUGCAAGGGUCUGGAUAAGUCAGUUGCACCGUCUUGCGAGCUGAACAAGCCCACAACGAAUCCAACCGCCAUCGCCUGGACCUGGCAGUACUGCACGGAGUGGGGUUUUUACCAGAGCAACAACGAGGGAGUCCACUCCCUGCUUUCUCGAUACCAGACCCUGGAAUUUCAACAGGUCAUGUGUAACCGGCAAUUCCCCGAGGCCGUAAAGAACGGUCUUCUCCCUCCGCAGCCACGGGUAGAUGCCCUCAACGCGGAGUUCGGCGGUUGGAACAUCCGGCCAUCGAACGUAUACUUCAGUGCAGGCGAAUUCGACCCCUGGAGGACACUGACGUUAUUAUCGGGGGAGCAGUUCUCCCUGCAGCUUAACGUUACGUCGGACGUCCCUCGGUGCGGGGUGCGGACCGGCCCAGACACGGUGUUUGGAUGGGCACCUUGUGGGAGAAUGAGCAGUCAGCAUAGCAUUCUGUAA